AUGUCGUUCGUUGUCAAAGCCGUUGGAAUCUUACAACAACCAGCAAGUGGUGUUCUUCUCUGGAAUAACACAUCUGUUCGUAAUAUGGCGACACUGAAAGAUAUCAGUCGUCGUUUAAAAUCAGUAAAAAGUAUUCAAAAGAUUACAAAAUCAAUGAAAAUGGUUUCAGCAGCUAAAUUUACCAAAGCUGAAAGAGAAUUACGUGCUGCUCGUUCAUAUGGAUUGAGUGCUAAAUCUUUUUAUGAUCAUUUGGAAGUAGAAAAAAGUGAAGGUCCUGAAAAACAUGUUCUAAUUGCUGCAACAUCUGAUCGUGGUCUUUGUGGUGCAGCUAAUUCAUCAAUUAUAAAAAAUAUUCGUACACAAUUAAAUGAUCCAAAACAAAAUUUAGAAGGAACAAAAGUAAUUGCUAUUGGAGAUAAAUCACGUGCUGGUCUUGCUCGAACACAUUCAUCAAAUAUUCUUUUAUCAAUUAAUGAAAUUGGAAAACGAUCACUUGUUUUUGGUGAUGCAGCAGCUAUUGCACAACAAUUAAUUAGUUCCGGUUUUGAAUUUGAUUCAGCUGACAUUGUUUAUAAUAAAUUCAAAUCGGCUAUUGCUUAUACAACAACACGUCAAAAAAUUUUAUCGAAUGAAGCUAUAGCAAAUUCAAAAUCAAUUCAAGUUUAUGAUUCAAUUGAUGCUGAUGUUCUUCGUUCAUUUCAAGAAUAUAAUUUAGCAUCUGUUCUUUAUUAUACUAUGAAAGAAAAUGCAACAUCAGAACAAUCAUCACGCAUGACAGCUAUGGAUAAUGCUACGAAAAAUGCUGGAGAAUUAAUUAAUAAAUUAACAACAUAUUAUAAUAGAACACGACAAGCUGUUAUUACAACUGAACUUAUUGAAAUUAUUUCAGGUGCUGCUGCUUUAGAACAAAAACAUUAA